AUGGAUAAAUAUGGAUUAAAGUCAACUAGGACCAUGCCUGCUGAAGAAGCACUCGGAAUAUUCGUAUAUUUAUGUGCACAAUUUCAAUCUAAUCGUAAUAUGCAAAAUCGCUUUAAACAUUCUGGUGAAACAAUAAGUAGAAAAUUCAAUGAAGUUCUUGAAGCAAUGACAAGAUUUUCUAAAGAUAUUGUAAGACCUUCUGAUCCAAACUUCAAGGAGGUUCCAACUAAGAUACGAAAUAAUUAUAAAUAUUGGCCACAUUUCAAGGAUUGUAUUGGUGCCAUUGACGGAACUCAUAUUCCAUGUGUUGUUUCGGAGGAGGAUAAAAUCCCUUACAUUGGGCGCAAAGGUAACCCUACUCAAAAUGUUUUAGCAAUUUGUGACUUCGACAUGUUAUUUACAUAUUUUGUUGCUGGGUGGCCGGGAUCUGUUCAUGAUAAUCGAAUCUUAAAAGACGCAAUGGAAGACCGCAAGAAAUAUUUCCCUCAUCCACCCGAAGGAAAAUAUUAUGUUGUUGACGCGGGUUAUCCGAAUAUGAAAGGAUUUAUGGCUCCUUUUAAAGGCGAACGAUACCAUGUUCCUGAUUUUCGUCGUUCAACACAACCUCUAAAUGGUUUCUACGAGGUCUUUAAUUAUUCACAUUCGUCAUUGAGAAACGUUAUAGAGAGAACAUUUGGUGUCUGGAAAAAAAGAUGGAGGAUAUUAUCAAUUAUGCCCAGCUUUUCGUUGGAAACUCAAAAGAAACUUGUUGCAGCUACUAUGGCUAAGCAUAACUAUAUAAGAAGACACGCGCUUGAAGAUUUGGAAUUUGAUAAAUGUGAUGCAGAUCCUUAUUACAUACCUAAAGUUGAAGGGGAUGAGGAUAUUGGAGGCAACCCGGUAACUACUCUUGAAGAACAUGAUGGAUCAAUGGAUGAUUUUAGUAUGGAGUCUAUUCGCUACAAUAUUGCAACUUCUCUAAUGAGUCGUGGAUUGUAA